AGUUUUCUUACUUUAACAUUAAGCAGAUGUGGACCAACAUGAAAGUGAAAUUCUUCAAAUAGUUAUCAGUAACUGAGGUGUCACACAAAUUAUUGAUUGAUCAAUAACGACUAUGUAAGACAGUUUCGUCAAGGGAUUUAUAUCUUUCGAAUUUACUAGGAGAUUUAUUCGAAACCGUGAUGAAAACAAGAUAUUGACAGAAAUGGCCACCUACAAGGGACACCAGGGUCACGGGAUCGGGAAGCCCAUCCCCGCCCCCCGACAGGCCUCCUCCCCAAUGUCUCCACAGAUGUAUGUGGAGACCAACCGACCUCUUCCCUCACAGAUCAUGGCUGCUGCAGCAGCGGGAAUGUCUGUGUCAGGAUAUCAGUCGGGCUCGAUGUCUGACGCUAAAGCCAAGAAUGUUCUCAAGGAGGCAGUGGAUGCUGUGGUCAAUAGUUUUGCUAAACAUUCACAUGGAUAUGGUCGAGUGAAUGUAGUAGAAGCCCUGCAGGAAUUCUGGCAGAUGAAGCUUGAGAGGGGAGCGGACCUGAAGAAUGGAGCACUUGUAGUGUACGAGUCCCAACCCUCCAACUCCCCACCCUAUGUGUGUUUCGUGUCUCUCCCGGGGGGAAGCUGCUUUGGCAGUUUUCAGCACUGUCCGACAAAGGCAGAGGCUAGACGUAGUGCUGCGAAAAUUGCCUUAAUGAAUUCUGUUUUCAAUGAGCACCCAUCGAGGAAGAUAUCAGAUGAGUUUAUAGAGAGGGCAGUCCGAGAUGCAGCAGGGUCUUUCCAGGGAAAUCUAGCAGAUGCUGAUAACCCAGCUACUGGUAUUGGAGCUUUCCGUUUUAUGCUGGAGGCGAACAAAGGCAGAACAAUGCUCGAAUUCCAAGAACUCAUGACAGUCUUUCAACUACUUCACUGGAAUGGCAGUCUCAAAGCCAUGCGUGACAGAAACUGUUCUCGACAGGAAGUACUGGCUCAUUACUCUCACCGUUCCCUUGACGAUGACAUGAGGUCACAAAUGGCUCUUGAUUGGAUUGCUCGGGAGCAGGAAACUGCUGGAAUUAUUAAACAUGAACUUCAGAUAGCCGAACGUGAACUUGAGAGUGCUAGACUCGCUGGAAGGGAACUAAGAGUAUUCAAAGAGAAAAGAGACAUCUUGGUGUUGGCUCUUAGUCAAAUUGGACCAGCUGAGAGUCUGGCAUAGCUUAAACAUGUAUUUUUUGUACAGAAAAGAUGUGUAUCAUAUGUGUAUGCUGGGGAAAUAUCUGAUACUUCUUUAGUUUUAUCACAUGUUAAGAUUAGUCAUGAUUUUCGCAAAAUUGAGGAAGGUGAGUAAAGACAAUAGUUAGAAUAUCAGUGGAGACAGACAGGGUAAUAGGAAUGUGGAGAAAUGGAGGUAGGCUGGGAGCAAUGGGGAAGUGAGGGAGAGAGGGGGAGAAACGGGCAAGGGAGGGGGGGAGAGACGGGGAAGGGGGGAGAAAUGGAAAAAGAGGUAGACUCCCUUGUCCUCCUGGCACCACACCCCCACCACCAGGUCAGAUUUAAAGUAAACAGGAAAUGAUUUAGAAAAUUUUCACAGCUUUGUUAAUGCACUUUAUUUGUAUUAAAGACAGCAAUUAUCGUUUUUUCAUUGCAUAUAUAUGUAUUGUAAAUGAACUUUGACCUUGUGUGAAAAUGUUUACCUGUUCAAAAGAAGUGGAUAUCUUUAUCAUAUGUACUGACUACUUGUUCAUUUUUCAAAAACUUCAAUGUUAUAUAUUAACCAAGAUGGGUAUUAUAUCAUAUUGUUUCAUUUUUAAACAGGUUUCAUUUAAAGACAUGUUGUACAAUGGUGUGGUAUAUAUCUGUCUGUCUCUCAAUCCAUCCAUCCAAAGUUUUCCACUGUUUCAUUUAUACCAUAGAUGAUUAUAUGAUGGCUGAUUUUUGACAAUUUUAUCUACAAAUGGAGAUUUGAGUUUUAUUGAUUGCAUAUUUGCAGAGUUGUAGCCCUUGGACACAUGAUUUCGAAAACCAAUUAUGGAUUAAUUGCCCAUCAUUUUUAAGAUGAUGGCUCAUACAUUUAAUGUGGAUCUGCAGAUAGAGAUUUCAGUUUCACACUAUUUGACUUCAUUUUAGUGAAAAUUUAGUCUUCUCACAUAUAAUUUUGGAAAAUUGUUCAGGUUCAUGGAAGAUGACACAAUUUGAAGCCUUUUCUUGUAGUUGUAAAGUUUAGAUUUAAAAAGUCAAUUUCUCAAGUCUGUUACUGGCCAACUAAACUUCAGCAGUUAUAUGUUUUACAUCUUCCAGAUGUUUCUGGCAAUACAAGUAUUAAGCUAAUAUUUUGUGUAGGAGAACAGAGCUUUGGAUAACAAUGCAGGGCACUGUUGUUGAUACUGAUAGGCGCACUUCAGUACUGUUGAGUGUUGAUUUUAUUCUUGUUUAAAUUGUAUGAAAGGUACAGUAUGACCAAGGUCUUCCACUUAACUGUAGAAAUGUAAUUAAAAUUGCACAUUGGAAUUGACAGUCAUUUGACAUUUUUCUAGACAUCAGUUAGACACGACAGCUCUAACAUACUGCUCCCUUGUUUGUUGUGAUUCCUCUUUCCAGUGAGUGUUAGUUGUUGAAAUUUUAGUGCAAUAUGUGUGUGUUAAAUAGCCAGGAUAAUGCAUUUCUUAGAUAUAUGAUUAAAAGAAAAACAUGUAUUAGUUUUCUUUGUUUAAAGCAUUUAUUACAAAAUCAUGCUGUACUUUGUCGGGGUGUAACGAUAUAUGAUGUACUCUACCGCAAUACACAGAAAAAUUAUACUGUGUCACUGUACGAAAUAUUGUAUACUUGUGUACAGAGAUGUAUCAAUUUUCACCAUUUGAUGUUCGUUUGAGUAAUUUCUGAUGAAUCCUAAUGUAAAAAAAACUGUUGUUCAUUUACAUCAAUCCUCAAGCAGCAAGUAUUUACUUAUGUUGUUUAUCAUUGUGUUUCAGAGUUUAUCAAAUACUCAUACUUUAUCCAAAAAAAGGUAUAUCCUUGCACAUUUUAGAUAAGUUACAGCAUCUCGACCAUUUCAGAACGAAGGCACAACAUUAUUUAAUGAAUUUUGAAAAGUGAUAUAUUGCAACAUCGCAGUGUAUCACGAGAGGCUUCUAUUCUAUCGUUACACCUCUAGACUGCUUGUAUAUUUAGUGUUGGAAGUAUUUAACACGCUAAAUGCACUAUAAAUUUGAAAAUCCAAGAAUGUACUAGUGAAAGUUAAUUUUGAAAAGAAUCUCAGUCUAAGUCAUGCAGUGAUGAUGUAAUAAGGCAGAAAAGGAAUAUGUAGUUCAGAUAAUUAAGAUGUUUUCAUUAUGUAUAUUUCUUUAUUUGUGUAAAUAAGAUGUAAUAUUUAAUGUUUUUAGGGUUUUGUGCCCCUUUGAUUGAAAUGAUGUACAUGUGAACAGAUCCUCUAAUUGUUAAAUUCAUUUUCAAGAUAUUUUCCAAGUGUUUGAAUAUCAACUGAGAAAAAUUUGGCUUUUAAGCUUACCUGAGUGGAAGGCUCAAGUGAGCUUUUCUGAUCAGAUUUUGUCCGGUGUCUGGCUUGAACUUUUUCCAUCCUCCUGUCAUGAGACACUUAAAAUUUCAAACAAUCUUCUCACAAAUCAUCUUUGGAUGAAGGGAAUCAAGAUUGCUAAAAUCAGGGAUUGUUCCCAUUUUGUAAUGGGAGAUAAUUAGAAAUAGGAUGGGGUGUUUAAUCUUCUCAAGAACUAUUGGACCAGAACUUUCUGAUAUAAUAAAGGUAUAAGUUUCUUCAAAUCAUGACUCCAAAUCCAGGAAUGGACUGUAAUAAAGUUUUAUUUAGGAAUGCAUAAGAAAACUCUUUUAAAAUCUUUUUCUCAAGAACCAUAAGGAUAUGUUUUGCCAAAUUGAUGUACAAAUAUGAUCAUGUAGUUUAGAAUCAAAUGAUGACCCCAAAGCCAGGACGGGGCCUCAAAUGGGGUUUAAGUUGGCCCAGAUGUACGUGUAAAAUAGGAAAUUUCUUAUCUUCUUCUCAAGACCACUCAGAGGAUCCAUGUUCAUUCAAAUUAUGACCAUUUUAGGCCAGAGGAGUCCACGAUAAGAAUUUAUUGUAAUGUCGGGAAAAUUCUAUUAAUAGUGUAACAAGAAACACGGGGUGCAAUUUCUAAAAAAUUAUACGAAUCUUUCAUGCAAUGGCACAGAAUCAUGCAUUGUUAUCAAUGGUGGGAUACACAGUAGUGGUUGAAACCUCUAUAUUAGAAUAUAGAUAAAAAAAAAAAGUACAACCUAGGUUAACAUGCUGAUGUGAAUAUGAUAUAAAACAAGUCGGAGGAAAAAAAUCAUUUGAGUGAUGUGGCUCAUGCAGGCCUCUUGUCGUUUAGACAAUGAUUGGUGUAAUUGUUGUAAUAUGGUAAUUCUAAAUGUUCCACCUCUAUUUUGAAAAUUUGUUCCAAGACCAUCAUUUUAAAAGUUUUACGAAAAAUGAAUUAGAUGCAUUAUGAACUAACUGAACAAGACUUUUCCCAAUUUUUUUUUAUAUAUUGGGAAGAAACCAAAAUUGGAUGACCAGCUGUACUGAUAUUGAUACAAAUGUAUUUGUAAUUUGGUGUCCUUGUGUAAUUCAUGUUUAAUUUUAAGUUGUUCUUGAUCGAUCUGCUCAUAUUGUGAUUCUUAUUUAAAAUUUUUUUUUUCUUUUUUGCUGUUGUGAUUUUUCUGCAUGAAGCGCUUUCAUCUGUAUUCUUAGUUUAUGCAUAAUAUAUGAAAUAUAUUUCAAUAAAAGACGAUACUAAAACAAGAA